UCAGUGAAAGUGGCCGACCUCAGUCACUUUAAAUGUUAAACCUCCACAGCUACAGCUACAUUCACAACACGAGGACGUGGUAUGGGGUUACUGGAGAACUAGAAGAAAACUAAUUCAGCCUCCGAAUGACACCGACGGUGAAAAAGCCCUCUGUCCCGGAAAUGGAUUUAUUGAACAUUAGUCGACAGUCCGAUAACGUUAAAGAAACGAACGCCUUGAAAGAGAAAGAUACAGACUGCCAAAAUGGUUCGGACACAGAGGAAGAACCUUUGCUCAGAGAGAACCCCAGACGGUUUGUCAUCUUCCCCAUCCAGUACCCAGAAAUCUGGAAGAUGUACAAGCAGGCCCAGGCCUCUUUCUGGACGGUGGAGGAGGUUGAUCUAUCCAAAGACUUGGUGCACUGGGACUGUUUGAAGCCUGAGGAAAAACACUUUAUCUCUCAUGUUCUGGCCUUCUUUGCUGCCAGUGAUGGUAUCGUCAACGAGAACCUGGUGCAGAGGUUCAGCCAGGAAGUGCAGAUCCCUGAAGCACGUUCCUUCUACAGCUUCCAGAUCCUCAUAGAGACUGUUCACUCCGAGAUGUACAGUAUGCUCAUCAACACUUACAUCAGAGACCUGAAGGAGAGGGACUAUUUGUUUAACGCCAUCCAGACCAUGCCCUGUGUGAGACGGAAAGCAGACUGGGCCCUCCAGUGGAUAAAUGACAGCAAGUCCACAUUUGGGGAGCGAAUUGUGGCUUUUGCAGCUGUGGAGGGCAUCUUCUUCUCUGGUUCAUUUGCUGCCAUCUAUUGGCUAAAGAAGAGAGGCCUGAUGCCUGGUCUGACCUACUCCAAUGAGCUGAUCAGCAGGGAUGAGGGUCUGCACUGCAACUUUGCCUGCCUGCUGUACAGCUACCUGGUGAAGAAGCCAUCAGAGGACAGAGUUAAGGACAUCAUCACCAAAGCUGUUAGCAUUGAACAGGAGUUUUUGACAGAGGCCCUGCCCGUUGAUCUCAUCGGGAUCAACAGCUGUCUUAUGAAGCAGUACAUCGAGUUUGUGGCUGACCGGCUACUCGCUGACCUGGGACUGGCCAAGAUUUACCAAACUGAAAAUCCGUUUGACUUCAUGGAGUCCAUUUCGCUAGAAGGGAAAACCAACUUCUUUGAGAAACGAGUUGCAGAGUAUCAGAGAUUCGGAGUGAUGUCGAGCAUGAUGGACGAUGAAUUCACACUGGAUGCCGACUUCUGAAACCGAGCCGACCUUCUGUUUUAUGUUUGUUACAUUUCACUUAUUUAUUUACAUUUGUUUAGGCAGUUACUGACCAAAACUACCUACAGUACUGUGUCAAUACUGUCAUAGUUUCACAAAAAUAAUGCUGUGCUCGUUACUUUUCUGGCAUAAAAGGUAGAAAAUUCCACCUCCAGUAUUGUUUAUAUAAUAGGGAGAAUUUAUUGGGGAUAUAAAGAGCUGACUUGUGACUGUUUGGAUGUUGACAUACAACAGAAAACUAAAUGAUAUAAAGAUAAAUGAUGAAUGGGCGUUUCAUAGAGUUUGUAGUUCUGGCUUCUACGGUAUAUUGUUUUAACAUUUUGUCAUUUUAAUGUAAAAUAAAAUGUUUUGUAAGAUG